AUGUUUGCGAUUGUCGUCGCGAUCUCGUCGGCCAUUGCCGUCGUCUGUCGUCUGGUUGUCGUGUUUCGGGCGACGCGACGGACGACAGACUUAGGAGACGAAGAACUGGAAGAGCGCUUGGGAUUCGCUGUGCGGACGACGGAAGUGCUGUUCGGCCGCGAAGUCUACGCCCGUUUGCGCCGCAAAGACCAUCCCUUCCAGCGCGACGUCAAAGACCUCUGGAAGAGCGUUCCCGAGGAGGGCGUGCGUCACGUGAUCUCAUACGUGGACACCGCGCCCGACGACGCGACGAAACGCACGCUUCUUCUGCUGCACGGAAUGCCCGGCGGUAUCAUCGAUUGGGAGCCUUUUGUGCGUCACUUCGGCCGCGAAUACCGACUCCUUGUUCCGCAACUUCCGGACUUCCACUUCAGCCGCACUUCCGGUCACUUCUGGCACUCGAACGAAGAGCGCGCGGCUCUCGUGACGGCCUUCGCAGCGGCGCUCGGAGUGAAUCGCGUGAACGCAUUGGUGUGUCAUUCGGGCGGAAAUCCGGUGGCGUUGGCGCUCAUCGAAGCGCGCGAACUCGACGUCGGCUCUCUUGUGAUGAUAACUCCGCCGGGCUUUCAGUGGAUCUCUUCGGCGCAACGCCAACAGGGCGUCCGCAUGUGUCGAACGGCUUCCUCGCGCUUUCGCCGCCUUCUCUUCCUCUUCCUGUUCACCGAUUACGUCAUGCGUUUGUUCGGCGUUCGCGAGACUCUCGUCCGCAACACAACACGUGACCAGUUCUUCGGAAUGACGUUUUUGGCCGUUUUCUCGUUCGACGAACGCGUCUUUCGGCGCAGAUAUCAAGCGCUCAAAGACCGCAAACUCCCGGUGCUGUUCGUGAUGGCCGAGAAGGAUGGCCUCUUUCCGCAGUGGAAGUUCCUCAAGACGUUGGAGUGGAUGGGCGUCGCGGAGGACGACCGCCGCGUCUUCACGGAAGUGGACGCCAAUGGGAAGCGUUCGCCGCGAACGGAGGCCUCCGAUUGGCUGCGAGUCGUGAACUUCCGGUUCGGCGGACACUUCUGUUUCCUGAAGUUCGCGCCACUCUUUCACGAGGAAUGCGAAGAGUUCUUCGCGAAAACCUUUUAACGCUUAUUGUAUUUAUUUGAGUAUUAAUUUGUGAUAAAAAUGUUGU